CGCACAUUGUUCGCGACGUUCGAUGCGUCGUUUCAACUUCGCUACCAUCCUGUUGGUCGGCCUCUCCGCCAUCGGUCAGCGGCUAAGUGGUCAGCGGGCAUCCUCACUGACCACGCAUUAUGAAAGAUUUUCCUACAUUGUGUGCAUUUGUAUGGCUGUUUUCCUUCAAUAACUGCUCAUGAGCUCGGUAGGUGACCGCCCCCACGCAUCUACCCUGCCAUCCCGGUCGGAUGCAACGAGCUGGGGUGUUGUUUUAGAUGCUGGAACCGGGGUUCAGUCUCUGACGUGGCUUGUGGCGCAGCAGACGAAAAUUGCGAAGCUGGUUGCCGUCACAGCGAGUCCAAGUCAGGCCGAGACCUUACGGCAACAAUUCAAGGAUAAGUUGCGGCCACAAGAUGAGAUUGUUGACGGGAAUUGGGACGAUUCGACAUUUCUCAGCAACUUUCAAGCCGAUGUCAUUGUCGCCGACUAUCUCAUAGGCGCAAUCGACGGAUUCUCACCCUAUUUUCAAGAUCGAAUCUUCUCUCGCCUCGUGCAACACCUCAAGCCAGGCGGAUGGCUGUACGUCGUCGGACUUGAACCGUUCUCGAACAGCGAGGCGACGUCCAAGGCGACCGAGCUGAUCAAACAAGUUGCGAGAGUCCGAGAUGCGUGUAUUCUUCUCGCUGGCCAUCGAUGCUAUCGUGAGUAUCCGCAAGAUUGGAUCCAUCGGCAACUCCAACACGUCAAAUGUCGUAUUGACGCCAGCGAGCGAUGGCCUAAUUUGUAUUUGGGUCGACAAGUCGAGCGUCAGGUUCGUCUUCAAGUUAGCUCAUGGCAAAUUCUCCGCCUCCUUCCUUGUUGACUUUGGUUGUAGAUCCAAGUGGGGAGGGACGAAUUGCCCUUCUUCCCCGAUACUCAGCUUGCCGAUAAAUAUAUCUCGAAAAAUUGUCCCGAGAGACACAGGAGCUUUACAGCAACGACCAGAAGCACUCGUUUGGGUUUGAUUAUGUCGUCUGCGCCGAAUACCAGCCAGAAAGCUCGUCAUAGCUGUACAAGAGCAAAUAUCACUAGCAUCGACAGAGACAAUGCGACGCUUCUUGAUACAUAUCAGUCAAUACUUGUCAGUCAC